CCGGCGGCUGAGAGGUUGGUUGCGCGGCCGCCGGGGAAGGAGACGCUGCCCUUUCGCAGCGAUGGGAUCCCGGCUCCGUGGAGGGACCCUCUGGUAUGCACAUUCCUGUCUUUCCGGGCGGUGGAUGGCUCCUGGGACCCAGCCAGCAACCAGUUGAAGACGUUCUCCUUGGAAACACUCCACCCAAGGGCUCUGGCCUGGUGUGUUGGCCCUGCCAUGGCGUUCCGGAGGACUGAGGGCAUGUCCAUGAUCCAGGCCCUGGCCAUGACGGUGGCCGAGAUCCCUGUGUUCCUGUACACGACGUUUGGACAGUCUGCAUUCUCGCAGCUGCGGCUGACACCAGGCCUGCGGAAGGUCCUGUUUGCCACAGCCCUGGGGACCGUGGCCUUGGCCCUGGCCGCCCACCAGCUGAAGAGGCGAAGGCGGAAGAAGAAGCAGGUCGGCCCUGAGAUGGGAGGCGAGCAUCUGGGCACGGUGCCCCUCCCCAUCCUCAUGGCCAAGAAGACCCCAUCGGUGAAGAAAGGCUACUCCAGCCGGAGGGUACAGAGCCCCAGUAGCAAGAGCAACGACACCCUGAGUGGCAUCUCCUCCAUUGAGCCCAGCAAGCGCUCGGGCUCCUCCCACAGCUUGGCCUCGAUGGUGGCGGUAAAUGCAUCCAGCCCCACAGCUGCGUGCUCGGGACCAUGGGAUGCCAGAGGGAUGGAGGAGUCUGUGACUACCAGCGAUGGCAAUGCCGAGAGCCUCUACAUGCAAGGCAUGGAGUUAUUCGAGGAGGCUCUGCAGAAAUGGGAGCAGGCGCUGAGCGUGGGGCAGAGGGGAGACAGCGGCAGCACCCCCACACCAGGGGACGGCCUCCGGAACCCUGAGACUGCUUCCGAAGUACUUUCUGAGCCAGAGUCACAGCGAAGGGAGUUUGCAGAGAAGCUGGAGUCCCUGCUACACCGGGCCUACCACCUGCAGGAGGAGUUUGGGUCCACCUUCCCCUCCGACAGCCUGCUCCUGGACCUGGAGCGGACCCUCAUGCUGCCCCUGUCCGAGGGCUCGCUGCUUCUGCGGGCGGACGAUGAGGACAGCCUGAUCUCGGACGAUUCCUUCUUCUCUGCUACCGAGCUCUUUGAGUCCCUGCAGGUCGAAGAUUACCUGAUCCCACUCUCCAGGCCCGCUGCCGCCUACGAGGAGGCGCUACAGCUGGUGAAGGAGGGGAAGGUGCUCUGCCGGACCCUCAGGACAGAGCUGCUGGGCUGCUACAGUGACCAUGACUUUCUGGCCAAGCUGCAUUGUGUGCGGCAGGCGUUUGAGGGCCUCCUGGAGGACCAGAAUCACCAGCUCUUCUUCGGGGAGGUUGGCCGGCAGAUGGUGACAGGCCUGAUGACCAAGGCUGAGAAGAGCCCCAAAGGCUUCCUGGAGAGCUACGAGGAGAUGCUGAACUAUGCUCUGCGGCCGGAGACCUGGGCUACCACACGGCUGGAGCUGGAGGGCCGUGGGGUGGUGUGCAUGAGCUUCUAUGACAUCGUGCUGGACUUCAUCCUCAUGGACGCCUUUGAGGACCUGGAGAACCCCCCGUCCUCCGUGCUCGCCGUCCUGAGGAACCGCUGGCUGUCCGACAGCUUCAAGGAGACGGCCCUGGCCACUGCUUGCUGGUCAGUCCUCAAAGCCAAGAGGAGGCUGCUGAUGGUGCCUGACGGCUUCAUCUCUCAUUUCUACUCCGUAUCGGAGCAUGUUAGCCCCGUCUUGGCCUUUGGCUUCCUUGGACCCAAGCCCCAGCUCGCCGAAGUCUGUGCUUUCUUCAAGCACCAGAUCGUGCAGUACCUGAGGGACAUGUUUGACCUGGACAACGUGCGCUACACCUCGGUGCCGGCGCUGGCGGAUGACAUCUUGCAGCUGUCCCGGCGCCGCAGCGAGAUCCUGCUCGGCUACCUGGGGGCACCGGUGGCCAGCAGUGUUGGCCUGAACGGCGUGCUGCCCCGAGAGAACGGUCCCCCGGAGGAGCUGUAGCCAUGGCGGGCGCAGGCUGGGGAGGGGUGGCUGCUGGGCCUCGUCCACGUGGGUGAUGGCAGAGACAAGGUGCCUCCUCCCUCCUUUGGGUUGACAAGCAAGGGCCGGGCAUCUGUGCCAUCAGCAGCUCAGAGCCCAGGCCGUGGUAGCCAAGGGCGGUUGCCCCUGACCUUGCCCCACCCCCAAUCAUCUGGGAAUCCCCAAGGCCUGGGGGUAAACUUCCAUGGAGAGGGAGGGAGCCCCUUGGGGCCCGUCUGACUGCCCUCAGCGGUCCCUGGGGAAGCGGAGGCUGGACCAGUGGCCAGUGGGGCCUGAGGGAGAAGAAGGUAGUGAGAGAGAGAGAGGAAGGUGUUGUGAAGAGAAUUGGGGCAGGCAGAGCUGGGGUGCCCUGGGUGUGAGACCCCAAAAGCUCCCACCACCCUAGGCUGCUGACGAGGGGCUGGGAGGGUGGAGGUGAAAGGUGGGGAUGGCAGGGCUCUGGGUGAAGGUCAUCUAUGUCCUGAGCUGGAAGGAACCUGGGCUGAGAGGUCUCAGAAUCCAGGCCCACGGCUGGCCAGUCCCGACGACCCCCACCACCCGAGAGAGCUGCAACUCAGAGAGUGAGGGUGGGGCCUCCGAGGGGCUGUGAGCACCAUGGUGGCAGCAGGCGUGGCCGGCAGGAGGGGGGACGCAGGAGGGACUCUCCUUGUGCUCACAUCUGGGUAGGGACUGGGCACUCGACAGACCCAAGCACCACACAGGACAUUGUCCUCUGACAUCCCCUCCCUGCCAGAGCCGGUCACCUCCUCCCGCUUCUGCCACCACCAGACAGGCGGGCUGGUCCUGCCGCCCACCCCCCUCCCUCUGUGAGCCCGGAACUCUCCGGGUGGUGCUAGGUGCUGAGCUGGAGGCUCGGACGGGAGUCCUCUCAGGCCUAUCACCUGUGCUGCCAUCGCUGGUGGCCCCAGGAGUGAGGGGCCCAGGGACCACACUGGGGGAGGUCAGGAGGUGGACGGCUGGCCCAGCCCCCAGCCCUCACUAGGACAAGAAACCGCCCGGCACUUGGAUGCACACGUGCUCUGGCGUCCGCGCAGGGCCCGCCUCCCCGCUGGUCCUGCCGAUGGAGAUGGAGGCAGUCGCACUUGUCCCACGCCAUUUGUCCCCGUCGCAGGGUCUCUGUCAGCCCUGCAGACUCACUUCUCUUAGGGUGUUUCACCUGAGCUGGGGCGUUUUAUUUAUUGCCUUAACACUUUAUUUUGAGGUUCUACCCCGUCCAGGUUGGGAGGCCUGUGAGAGAAAUAGGCUUCUCCCAGUUCUCCAUUCCCUGGAUUUGGGGACUGGCUCCUCAGGCCAGGUCCCUCUCCCUGAAUGGCAAAGGGGCCCCAGGGGUGGGGUGAUCUUGCCCAUUUGGGUGGGGAGAGAGGAGAGAUGGGCAAGGGAGAUAUGAGCCUACUUUCCUCCUGGAAUCCCGUCCCUCUGCAACCCCCUCCCCACCUUCCCAUGCUUCCCGGACUGGAGGAGGGCUGUGCACUAACUGGGUUCCGGCUCCAAACCCACCUGCAGCCUCCUGGGAGGGAAGGACUGGGGUGGCCUCCUCCACCCCAACAUUCCGUUCAUUUACUUACCCUGCGCUGUGAAUGUAAUCUCGGGCCUGGCCCCGCCUACUGAUUUACUCCUGAAUCACACACAAGUGGCAUUUUCAUUUUGUCUGUUUACACACCCAUGCGCUGCCCCGGCACCUGAUCUGUUGCAGCUUCUAACUUCCGUGUGGUAGAGCUCUGUGCACUGACUUCGAGUCAAAUAAAUGAUCUAAAGGAUUUCCCUCCAAGUUGCCAUGCUGCUGGGUACAUAUGUGUGGCCAGCUACUUCUCGGACCACAGCUGGGGACCCCCUCUUUGGGGUGCAGUUAGUGGAGGUUUCAGGAGGGCAAGGGUCAAGGACAGCCUGGUAGGGGCUGUGAGUCCACUUAGCCUGGCAGGGUCCACAUGGCCCUAGGCAGGGAGGCCCCUGAGCGGGGGAGUGGCCAGUGAAAUGCUUGGGGGCACAGGUGUGGGUGGGCGGCCUGGGUGUGGAUCAGCUCAGGCAGCAUCUAGGUGAGGCUUCUGUCCGAGCCUCUGUCCACAUCUGCAAGAUGCAGGUGUUGGACGAGGCCAGCAGUGUAGGGUCAGGCUCAGUCACAGCCUGCGCUGGUGAGAGCCGGGAUGAGGGGCUGGGACAGGUGGGAGCAGAGCAGAUCUGGGCCUGCUAGAUAUUCAGGUGUUUUCAUGGGCAGUUGGGCACUGCAAGGUUUAUGUGAAGGGUAUUUUAAAAACAAAAUAGCUUCACUUUGAAAAGUUUCAGGUGUACCAAAGAGUUAAAAAGAAAUGCAUAUAAAGACUACCCAUAAAACCAACCCUCAAGUCAGUAAUUAACAUCUUGCCAUUUCUUUAAAAAAAUUUUUUUUAAUAUAUUUUAUUGAUUUUUUUACAGAGAGGAAGGGAGAGGGAUAGAGAGUUAGAAACAUCGAUGAGAGAGAAACAUGGAUCAGCUGCCUCCUGCACACCCCCUACUGGGGAUGUGCCCACAACCAAGGUACAUGCCCCUGGCCGGAAUCGAACCUGGGACCCUUCAGUCCGCAGGCCAACGCUCUAUUCACUGAGCCAAACUAGUCAGGGCUAAAAAAAUUUUUAGAGUAAGUUCUAGACAUGUACUUCAUCCCUAAACACCUGAACAAGCAGGUCUUAAAAAUAAGGCAGUUCUCUGGCAUGACCAAGAUACCAUAAUCACACCUGGAAAGUGUAUCACUGAUUCUCUAGUAUCUGCUGGGAUUCUGAAAAAUUUUUUUUCCGGCAAAGAAAAAUGCCUGACUCCCCUUUGCGGAUUUUAGAGACGCGAGCCAAUCUGGUCACCGAGACUAGCAAGUUGUUUUGUUGGAUUGAAACAGCUUUAUUGAGGUAUAACGUGUGCCAUAAAAUUCAUUUGCUUUAAUGAUUUUUAGUAAAUGUACAGAGUGCAGCUGUUACCACAGUAUAUUUUUAGAACCUUUCCAUCGCCACAAAAAGACCCCUUGUGUCCUUUUGCAGUAAACCCCCCAGCCCCCAGGCCGCCACCAAUCUAUUGUUUUCUCUCUUGAUUUGCCUUUUCUGGACAUUUCUGUAAAUGAAUCCUACAGUCUGUGAUCUUUUGUGCUUGGUUUCUAAUGAUGUUUCUGAGAUUUGUCCAUUUUAUGGCAGGUACCAGUAAUUUAUUUCUGUUGCUGACUAGUUUCCAACAAUAAGUUUUUCUGUUUUUUGAAUACCA